GAUGAGUGGUUAUGAGGAGGAAGAGGAGGACAGAGAAGAGACUCCAGGGUCCAGCUGUGUGUCUCUGAAGAGUGGCCAGUCUAAAAGACUUCCUCCAGUCUUCAGUAAUGAACCUGGACCGUCACACACAAAAGGUCGGGACAACAGACUGAGAGCAGAGACUCCAGGGUUCAGCUGUGUGUCUCUGAAGAGUGACUGGUCUAUAGGAAAUCCUCCAGACUUCAGUAUUGAACCUGGACCCUCAAACACAAAAGAGAGGAAGAGGAGUCAUGUUUCUGAGGAGGAGCAGUCGUCCYGCUGUGCUUCGUGUCAGGACGUCCUGAAGGAUCCAGUCUCCACCAGCUGUGGACACUGGUUCUGCAGACAGUGCAUCACCUCAUACUGGGACCAGUGUGGUUCUUCAAGAGACUCCUCCUGUCCCCAGUGUGGAAAAAGAUGCAGAACAGGACCUGGAGCAGAUCUUGGUCUGCAGGAGGUUUUAGAUGAAUAUAAGACCAGUCUGAGGAGGAGAUGUGAACAUGUGACUGAAGGAACUGAUAAAACAGGAAGUAGAACCCUCCUCAACAAGAUCUACACUGAGCUCUACAUCACAGAGGGACAGAGUGAAGAGGUCAAUACUGAACAUGAGGUGAGGCAGCUUGAGAGGGCUUCCAAGAUGAAGACCCUCGACGACGCUCCCAUCAAGUGCCGCGACAUCUUCAAAGCCUUCACUGACCAGCAGAGCAGCAUCAGAGUCGUCCUGACCAACGGCGUCGCUGGCGUUGGAAAGACCGUCUCGGUGCAGAAGUUCACUCUGGACUGGGCAGAGGGUUCAGAGAACCAAGAUGUCGGCCUGCUGAUUGUGUUGUCGUUCAGGGAGCUGAACCUGGUGAAAGACGAGCAGUACAGUCUUCUCACGCUGCUCCGUGUUUUCCAUCCAACAUUAGAGAAGGUCCCGGCAGAGACGCUCGCCGUCUGUAAACCUGUGUUCAUCUUUGACGGCCUGGAUGAAAGCAGACUUUCCCUGGACUUCAGCGACAGGAGGGUCGUGUCUGAUGUCACACAGACGUCAUCAGUCAACGUGCUGCUGACAAACCUCAUCCGGGGGAAUCUGCUCCCAUCAGCUCUGGUCUGGAUAACCUCCCGACCUGCGGCGGCCGAUCAGAUCCCUCCUGCAUGUGUUGACAGGGUAACAGAAGUACGAGGCUUCACUGACGCCCAGAAGGAGAAGUACUUUAGGAGGAGAUUUUGUGAUGAAGAGCUGUGCAGCAGAAUCAUCUCACACAUCAAGACGUCCAGGAGCCUCCACAUCAUGUGUCAAAUCCCAGUCUUCUGCUGGAUCAGUGCUACAGUUCUGGAGCACAUGUUUACCACAGACCAGAGUGAAGAGCUGCCCAAGACUGUGACUGACCUGUACUCACACUUCCUGCUGGUUCAGACAAAGAAGAAGAAAAAGAAGUAUGGUGAGGGACAUGAGAAGACUCCGAAGCAGCAAUCGGAGGCUAACAGGGACAUUCUUCUGAAGCUGGGGAGGCUGGCGUUUGAACAUCUGGAGAAGGGAAACAUGUUCUACCAAGAAGACCUGGAGCAGUGUGGUCUUAAUGUCACCGAGGCCUCGGUGUACUCAGGAGUUUGCACUGAGAUCUUCAGAGGAGAGUUUGUGAUCUUCCAGAAAUCAGUCUACUGCUUUGUUCAUCUGAGUGUUCAAGAGUUUCUGGCUGCAGUCUACAUGUUCCACUGUUACACCAAGAGGAACACAGAAGUCAUGGACACUUUCCUGGGACCAGACUUCAAAUCAAAGCCAAACCAUUCUGGCUUAAACCUUUUGAAGUUUUUUCCCAAAAAAAAACUCUCUGACCCAUCUCUGGAUGACUUCCUGAAGAGAACCAUGGAGAAAUCCCUCACCAGUGAAAAUGGUCACCUGGACCUGUUUGUUCGCUUCCUUCAUGGCCUCAGUCUGGAGUCCAAUCAGAGAGUCUUAAGAUGCCUGCUGGGUCGGACAGUGAACAAUCCAGAGAUCAUCAAGAGAGUCAUCAACAACCUGAAGAAGAUGAAGAGUGACGAAAUCUCUCCUGACAGAAGCAUCAACAUCUUCCACUGUCUGACCGAGAUGAACGACCACUCAGUACAUCAGCAGAUGCAACAGUUCCUGACGUCAGAGAACAAAUCAAAGAAGAAACUCUCUGAGAUCCACUGCUCAGCUCUGGCCUACAUGCUGCAGAUGUCAGAGGAGGUUCUGGAUGAGCUGGACCUGAAGAAGUACAACACAUCAAACAAGGGUCGACGGAGACUGAUCCCAGCUGUGAGGAACUGCAGGAAGGCUCUAUUCACUGGUUGUGGACUCUCAGAGACUCACUGUGAAGUCGUGGCCUCAGCUUUGAAGUCAGACCCCUCACAUCUGAGAGAACUGGAUCUGAGUACAAACGACCUGCAGGAUUCAGGAGUCCAGCUGCUGUGCUCUGGACUGGAGAGUCCAAACUGUGGACUGGAGACUCUGAGGUUGAAUCACUGCAGUCUGUCAGAGAUCAGCUGUUCUUCUCUGGCUUCAGCUCUGGGGUCAAACCCCUCUCGUCUGAGAGAACUGGAUCUGAGCUACAACGAGCUGCAGGACUCAGGAGUGAAGGAGCUGUGUGGUYUUCUACAGAGUCCAACCUGUCGACUGAAGACUCUGGGGUUGAGGGGCUGCAGACUGUCAGAGAUCAGCUGUUCUUCUCUGGCUUCAGCUCUGAGGUCAAACCCGUCUUAUCUGAGAGAACUGGAUCUGAGCUACAACGACCUGCAGGACUCAGGAGUGGAGAAGCUGCUGGAUCUAAAGCAGAAUUCAAACUUUCGAUUGGGGACUCUGAGAUGGAGGCCGCGAUCUCUGUAAAUGUGAGUGUGAAGAGGACAGCGUGUGUGGACGGAGGCCGAAGCAGCUUGCGUGUAGAGCGCCGCUGACUGGGCCUUGUUGCUGGGAGGCAUCGGCACCACGGUCACACUGUGUCCAGUCCACCAUCCUCAGACACACUCACGCUUCUCCACCCCCUCCACCGCGCAGCCUUGAUAUCUUGCCCCUUGCUACUCUUUGUGUUACUUAACAUAAAGAAUGUUUGAAACAAAGGGAUGUGACUAGUAACUGUAUGCCAUGUAAAUAUUGCGCAAUUGGGGUUCUGUGUAUAUUGCACUUUAAACAAAUAGUUUUAAUUUUGCACAAAAAAAAGUAGUUUGACUAGUGAUUAAGCUGUCGUCUUUAGACGGUCAUAUAGACAUAUAUUCAUAAUAUGAUGUAGAAAAGUAAAAUGUGUGUGCAUCUAUGUAAAUGUGUGUGCUAUGUAUUGUUUAAAAUAAUUCAGGGAGUCACUCUUAUGGAAAUGUAUCUUAUUUGUCAGAUUUUUACGCUCACUUUUCUCAACCACAAGAAAUGUAUUUCAUUAGCGAAAUGCUACUUUAUUUAAAUUUGUCCAGUUUGAUCACGAUAAGAACUGUCACGGUUUUUGUAAUGUUCAAAAAAAUAAUUAAAAUUAAAAUUUGUGAUUUAUUUUUUUUGCACCUGUAUGAAUGAA